CAGCAUUUCUCUCCUCUCGAGCUGUCACGCUGACAGCUCGAGAGGAGAGGAGAGCCGGGCACUGAUGAUCAGUGUGCCCUGAUGAUCAGUGUAGCCCCAGCAGUGCCACCUGUCAGUGUCUAUCAGUGCCUUGUGUCAGUGCUCAUCAGUGCCUUGUGCCAGUGCCCAUCAAUGCCACAUAUCAGUGCCCAUCUGAGCUGCCUUUCAGUGUUACCCAUCUGUGCCAGUCAGUGCCACCUAUCAAUGCCAAUCAGUGCCACCUAUCAGUGCUGCCAAUCAGUGCCACCUAUCAGUGCCAGUCAGUGCCGCCUGUCAGUGCCGCCUAUCAGUGCGCAUCAGUGUUGCCUAUCA